AUGUUGAAGCGCGUCCGUGCUGUGGCCGACGACGGCGUUGUGGCCGCGACACCGCGCAAGCGUGCUCGUUUUGACCCAAGCAUCCAUUCUUCUCCAUCCCAUGCGAGGCUCAUCAUGAACACCUCACCCUUCCCAUUAGUUCCUGCGUCUACUCCAUACACCACAUACACCUUCCAGACGCCAUCGUCCCACUCGCACGCCCAUAAGUACUCCAAGUUUUCUCCUCCCUCAGACUCGCCGUCGAACCCAUUCGGUGCGCUUCAGGCCCUCUCUCUGCCCUGUCCUCUGCCCUUCGGGAAGCACCUCGCCCUCCGUUUCCAGCUCGUCUGCCGUGGUGAGGAUGCCGACGACGUGUUCCGCAUCGUGCAGGUGCCCACGAACUACAGCUUCCGCAUCCUGCACAAGCUCAUUCUUUUCCUGUUUGCAUCCGACGCGCGCAUGAAGGCGCCCGUCCCCGGCAGGAUCGCGAUUCCACACCGCCGCAGUGAGCGCAAGCACCGGCCGCCUGUGCAUUUGGCCCUCGCUCCGCCGGUGUUGGUGGGUGGUCCCAGGCAGAGCGGGAAGGGCAAGAAGGCCGCCCAGCCUGUCUGGCAGGGCCACUCGUUUGAUGUCCUGCAAGGUAUCGCCCCUUACUGCGGUGGCUACAAGCGCGGCUUGAUCAGGCAGGGAGAAGGCAGCGGAGUUUUGUACGCCCGCCUGUCUGCUUUGCGCGAGCGCCAGCUGUUUGCAGAGUUACAGGAAGAAUGCGCGGGGUCGGGAGACGAAGAGGAUAUCUUUGGUGGAGGCGAGACUCCUGUGGAUGUAGGACGUGUUGCAGAUAAGAACAGGAAGAAGGGGAAGGGGAAGGAAGUCGAUAAAGGUAAGAAGAAAUCAGAGAAUGGCAAGGAGAAUAACAAUAAAACUAAAGUUGAAGAGGAAGAAGAGGAGGAUGAUGGGUGGAUGUGGGAGGCGGAAGACGACUAUACUAUUGGACACGUCUGGCGCACAGGACCCGACGCCCGACGCGGGAUAAUCUAUCAUCACGUCCCGGGCGUCUCUGUGCAUAUCACAAUGAAUACGCAACGUCUGCCAAUAAGAAAAGGCGUUAGCAACAGACCUUUCGUCUUCCGCACGCGUGGUAGCUCCCUCGGGGCUGUCCGCAUCUCCCACGUCGCGGCGCCUACGACCCUGCCGCAGUACGACCCCGAGGACGAAGAGGAUUGGGAAGUGCACACGGAUGAGGCGCGCCUGCGCCGCUUCAACAGGCGCGAUACCUUCGUGCACUUCCUCGCGCGCGAGGCAGAGCGCGAGAAACCACAGCCGGCCCAUCCGAUCAUACCCUCGCCUCCGUCAACACCCACGAAGCCCAACAAAGUUCUGGUGACUCCUGUAGCAGCCAAGCGUAUUAGGCGCCCCCUGACUCCGUACUUCCGCAGCGUCGGGCGGGAGGAUACGCUCCCACCCUCGUCGCCGCCCCCGACCUCGCCCCAGGAAGGCCCGUCUGACUCAGGUGCCGUGGCAGGCCCGUCGUUCCGGUCUUCCAUAUUCCCGCACCGAGCAUCGUACCCCUCGAUCCACGAACUAUCCUCACGCUCGUCGGUGUCUACCGCGUCCUCGCCAUUCCCGCACCCCACGCCCAUCACGCUUGCGCUCCCUACGUUCACGCCGUACCCGACUCAUCCGCUGCACCGUCGCCGUGUCGAGCGCGCGACACGCAGGCUCAGACGGCUGACGAGGAACGGGCUGAGCUAUAUGAGCUCGAGCUCGGAGGAAGAGGAGGAUCAGUUGAAGGACGAUGAUCAGGGAGACCUGGAGGCAGAGGCAGAGGAAGAGAAUCAGAAGCAGCUCGAGCGCGAGCAACAGCAUGAGAAGGAGGAGGAACAUAGAGUACGGAAGACCGAGUCGUCGAUCACGCGGAGCCGCAUUAGCCAGGCGAAGAAGAUACAGAAGGAGAAUUCGCCCGAGUUCGAUCUUGCUCCCUCGCGGCCGCGCGUAGAAAAUUCACCAGAGCUUGACUUUGGAUCAUCGUUGUAUGUGGAAGAGUCCGAGGAGGACGAGGAGGACCAGCUCUUUGAGGACCAGUAUGCGUUGCCUGGGGAGGAGUGGGACUUGUUUGCAGAAGAUGUGAUUGACUGA